AUCGCUCUCCGCUAGGUUCAGUUUUUUUGGCUACUUACGCGUCCGCUUAAUGUUUGUUGUUUAAUUAAUGUUUGUGGGUAUAUUUCUUCAUUGUUAGUUUUCUGUGAAUUUGACAGACACGACAGAAAGACUCGGAAUUGUUUUGCCUACAUCCCUCAGUUAUCUGAAGGCGAGCCAGGUGAACAAUCUGUCGGUAUAAAAUUAGUUUUGGCCCUGUGCUUGUGUGAGCUAGCUACACGAGCUAGCCGUGUAAUCCUGCUGUGCUAGCAUAGCGGCGAGUGCUGGGGGUUUCCAGGGCUCUUGGAUCCUAAUUACAGUUUCACAAUGGAUAAAGCGGAUUUCUUAAAAGGUCUCCCUGUUUACAACAAGACCAACUUCAGUAGAUUCCAUGCAGACUCUGUGUGCAAAGCAUCGAAUAGAAGGCCGUCAGUUUAUCUGCCAACACGGGAAUAUCCAUCAGAGCAGAUUAUCGUCACAGAGAAAACAAACAUUCUUUUGCGCUACCUCCACCAACAGUGGGACAAAAAGAACGCAGCCAAGAAGCGGGAACGGGAGCAAGAGCAGGGUGAAGGAGGGAGUCCUGCACCUUCACGCAAAAUCGCACGGACCGACAGUCAGGAAAUGAAUGAAGACUCCUAAACUGGAUUGUUACCAAACAGCACAGGGACAGGCACAAAAAAAAUGACAGCCUUUUCAGAAUAAAAUAUGGUCUACAUUUCUUGUAGACACCUGCACAUGAGACUGGCUUUAAAAAAUGAAAGCGAAAAGUGAGACCUUUUUAUGGUGUUUUGUUCUUUUUUUGUUUUUUAAUUCAGCGCUUCCUGUCAAACUUGUCCCAUCGUGCAUCCUUGCAGCCUGGUGAUAAACACUUAGGAUCGCUAUUAGCUCCCACUGCCCGAAUCUGUCGACCUGGUGCACUGAAAUUUGCUCAGGUAAUGUAGGGAGAGUUGGCUGCUGACUUAAGUCAGAAUACUAGUCUUGACCGUGAAGGAAUUUGGCAGUGCAUAGCAAACUUUAGCCUGCAUCACACAGUGUUGUGCGUGGAUAUGUGUGUCUGUGUGUGUGCAGAUUUUAAGUCCAGUUUAAUAGUCAUUCCCAGUAGCUCAGCUGUGGAUUGUUUCUUCUUUUUUUUUUUUUUUCCUCCCUUCCACUGACCUGCAGUUUAUAGAUAUGUGAAAAUAUUUUUUGGGGGAAGGGGCAAAUUUAGACAUAGGAGUACCGGUGUAAGUGAUGUAGUAUCUUCCUAGCGUGUGCCUAAUUGUGCAUGAAUGCACUGUUAAGACUUUGAUCUUUUUAUUUGCAUUGAUCAUGUCUUGAAAAUUGAAAGUUGUUUCAGUGGUACUGUUUUGAAAAUAAAAAAACAACGACAAAACACUCAUUAUCUAGGAUUCAGCCAAAUUUUGGUCCGUUCUUGAAUGUAUAAAUGAGGGUCGGGUAAAAUAUUAAAUGCUUUCCAUCUGA